UAUUUAAUUUGCUAUUCUUCACGCAAACACACAAAUUAUAUUUACAAUAAAAGUCUAAAUUAUUAUUUUAAAAAUGAUGGCAAACAAUAGGACGACAUAUACGGCUAAAAUGCAUUAUAUAUUACACCAGUAUUGGGUCGACGAGACGGACGACAGGAUUAAACCCUAUGUUUUGAUAGGGGGCGGACCGGAACUCUUUGUAACUCUAAUGUUAUUAUGGCUAAUAUUUGUUGUAAAAUUGGGUCCAAAUUUAAUGGCCAACCAAAAACCGUUUGUUUUGCGCAAAACACUCAUGGUAUAUAAUUUAAUAUUGGUUGUUAUUAAUGCUUAUUUUGCAUACACGGCGGCCAAAUGGCUCGACUAUGGCUUCAAACCCUGGUUUGUUGGACUGACUGCUCGUAACCAGUUGUCGGAUAAAGCGGUCGCUGAAAUACCCGAAAAAAUAUUCUACUUUUAUACAAAACUAAUUGAUUUAUUCGAUACCAUAUUCUUUGUGUUGCGUAAAAAGUCUAAUCAAAUCACUUUUCUUCACGUUUACCAUCAUUUUAUAAUCCCAGUUUUCGGAUAUAUAGCAGUAAAACUGUUUCCGCAAACCAUUAUGGUCGAAGUGGUUUGUUUUGUCAACUCUAUAGUGCAUACCGUUAUGUAUAGCUAUUACCUGUUGUCGUCAUUUGGACCCUGGAUUCAGCCCUACUUAUGGUGGAAGCGAUACAUAACACGAAUACAGUUAUUACAGUUUGUUAUCUAUGGCGUGGCUGUACUUAUGGGCGUAUAUUAUGGUCUACACAACGAUUAUCCCAUAGCCUUACAAUGGUUGUCUAUUUGGCAGCCAUUUAUGUUCUUUUACAUGUUUUACCGCUUUUAUGUUAACUCUUAUAAUAAAAAUAAAGUACAAUAAUUGAUAUUGUUUCUUGCUAUUUUAAUUAAUAUGCUCA